AUGGCGUCGAUCGAUAACGUCCCGGACACGGUCUCGCCCGAGCCUCAUCAGACCACGCAAGCCUCAGCGACUGAGACCAAUCCGGCUUCUGAGAAGGAAACGACCACAGUUGCUCCCCAGACCUCCAGUUCCGCUGCUACACUUCCCCCUGAGAAGUCUGGGGCCGUUGUGAACGAGAGCGCCUCUCGAAGCGACGGUGCGGCUGCAGAGGAAUCGUCCGUGAGGCCUACAGAAACGACUAUAACGACGACGACACCUCAGACAAGCGCAGAUCCAGAGACGACGACCGUCACGGAAGGCGAGUUAUCGGAUCAGUCCAAAGCCGCCGUGAAGGAGGCUGAAGAUACGGGCCCGUCGUUGGUGAUUACACUGCUCCUGACCACGGGUGCGAGGCAUCCUUUCAAGAUCGAUGGCAAGUAUCUGCGGAAACGGGGGGUCAAUGUGGAAAACUACGAUCCUUUUUGCAUGAGCGUGUACACUCUGAAGGAGCUGAUCUGGAGGGAAUGGCGGUCCGAAUGGGAGCCCCGGCCAUCGUCACCUAGCUCGAUCAGGCUGAUUUCGUUUGGCAAGUUGCUGGAGGACAAAUCUCCAUUGUCAGAAUCCAAAUUCAGCCACGACGCCCCCAACGUCAUUCACAUGACGGUGAAACCGCAAGAAGUCGUCGACGAGGAAGAUGCAAAGGGAGUCAAAGCGUAUCAGGGCCGGGACCGUGAUACGACGGAGAGAAGCCCCCAUUGUCGCUGUAUCAUUCUAUGA